AUGGAAGAGAUAGAGGUGCACGGUAAAGGAGAAGUCCGGAACAGAUCGAACAGGACUGAUCUCUCCGCUGAUGGUGAUCGAACUGAUCUCGCCAACAUCGGAAAGAAGCAAGUUCUCAAGCGUCGAUUUGGCUUCAUGUCCAUGAUCGGGUUCUCCUGCACGCUUAUGGCAACGUGGGCCGGUCUUCUUACCUACUUCGCCGGUCCUUUGAUGAAUGGAGGAUCUGCUGGAUCCGUCUAUGGCUUCAUCUUCAGUUGGUUCGGUGUUAUCACUGUCAUGUGUUCUCUUGCUGAACUCGCGUCCAUGGCCCCUACGGCGGGCGGUCAGUACCAUUACGUUGCAAUGUUAUCUCCGGAAAGCUGCCAGAAGAUCUUGAGCUAUAUUGCAGGCUGGGCCACGGUUUGUGCCUGGCAAGCAACUGUCUCUGCCGUCUGUCUGCCACUUGCAACCAUCGUUCAGGGUCUAGUGAUCUUGAACUAUCCAAACUAUGCCGCAGAGCGAUGGCACGCAACUCUUAUGGCAUACGCUUUCAUCCUGCUUGCUCUUUUCGUCAACACCUACCUAAACAAGUACUUCAACAAGAUCGAGGGCAUGAUCCUGAUACUCUACAUCAUCGGGUUUUUCGGCGUGGUCAUUUCUCUUUCUGCGUUGUCUGAGCACAUCACUGCCGAGGCAGUGUUUCACUCCUGGAACAAUGGCGGUGGUUGGGAAAGCAUGUCUCUGGCAUGGUUCGUCAGUUUGGCAGCUUUUGCUGGUGCGUUUGCGGGAGCAGAUGGUGCAACUCAUAUGGCUGAGGAGAUCCACAAUGCCUCCGUGGUGGUACCUCGCUCCAUGGUCACCUCUGUUAUCAUCAACGGAGUCUUUGGCUUUGCGGCUCUCAUCGCUAUUCUUUUCAGUAUCACGGAUCUUGAGGGUGCUUUCGCAAGCCCGACUGGAUACCCUUUCAUGGCCGUCUUUCAGUCAGCAGCAGGCGUCAAAGGCGCAACGGUGAUGACAUGCACGAUUGUUUGCCUCGGAACGUUCGGUUCAUGGGCACUUCUAGCUACAGCUUCACGCCAGAUGUGGGCUUUUGCUCGCGAUAACGGUCUACCAGGGUCUGGUCACUUGUCUAGGAUUGAACCCAAGUCUGCACUCCCUUGGUAUGCGAUUGCAGUAACUAUUGGCAUCAACUUCUUGAUCCCUUUGAUCUAUAUCGGGUCAGCAACUGGUUUCAAUGCGGUCAUCUCGCUUCUUGUCAGCUCAUUCUACAUCUCGUUCGUCAUUCCUUGCUACUUGCUCCUUUGGCGUCGUCUAUCAGGAGCCAUCAAGGAGCCGACACCGGGCGGUGAUACUGGCUUCAAAAACACGCCUGGAUCUCGCAGAUUGAUCUGGGGCCCAUGGAGGAUGCCGAAGAUCGUCGGCAUCGUCUUUAACGCCAUUGCAUGCGGUUUUGCAACCAUCAUUCUGGCGUUCUCCUGCUUUCCCUCCACAGCAGUCGUCGAUAAAACAACGAUGAACUACAGCUCUGUUGUUACUGGUGGCGUCAUAGUUCUUGCCAUGGUUUAUUAUGUUGUUCAUGGAAGGAAGGUCUACCUAGGACCAACCAUUGAGAUCGAAGCAUAA